AUGAAGACGGUCUGCGCGCAUACCAUCCACAGCCACGACCAUCACCUCGGCUGGGACAACAGCCUGGCGCCGAAGCUACGGGUCGCGCCCGGCGAGACGGUGGAGAUCGAAACCAUCGACUCCUCCGGCGGCCAGCUCUCGCCCGACAGCGGCCUGGCCGAUCUCGCCGCGCUCGACUUCGGCAAGGUCAACCCGGUGACCGGGCCGAUCCAGGUGGACGGCGCCGAGCCGGGCGACGCGCUGAAGAUCACCCUGCUGAACUACGCGCCCUCGGGCUGGGGCUGGACCGCCAACAUCCCGGGCUUCGGCCUGCUGGCCGACCAGUUUCCCGACCCGGCGCUGCACAUCUGGCGCUACGAGGCGGACAGCCUGGCCCCGGCGCUCUACGGGCCGGGCGGCCGGGUACCGCUGAAGCCCUUCGCCGGCACCAUCGGCCUGGCGCCGGCCGAAGCCGGGGCCCACAGCGUGGUGCCGCCGCGCCGCGUCGGCGGCAACAUGGACAUCCGCGACCUCAGCGCCGGCAGCGAGCUGUUGCUGCCGGUCGAGGUUCCGGGCGCCCUGCUGUCGCUGGGCGACACCCACGCCGCCCAGGGCGACGGCGAGGUCUGCGGCACGGCGAUCGAAAGCCCCAUGGCGGUGGCGGUGAAGCUGGAGCUGGUCAAGGGCGCCGACCUGCCGGCGCCGCAGUUCCGUACCCCGGGGCCGGUCAGCCGGCACAAGGACGCCAAGGGCUUCGAGGUGACCACCGGGGUCGGGCCGGAUCUCUAUGAGGGGGCGCGGGCCGCGCUGUCGGCGAUGAUCGACCGGCUGACCGCGCAGCACGGCAUGAGCGCGGUGGAGGCCUACAUGCUCUGCAGCGUCUGCGCCGACCUGCGGAUCAGCGAGAUCGUCGACCAGCCCAACUGGGUCGUCUCGCUCUACUUCCCCCGCGCGGUCUUCGAGUAG